AUGGCAAAAGAAAGCACUGACUGCUACACUUCAUACUCAGAUAUUUUGCAUCCCAUUCUUUUGGAACAAUCUAAACAAGCAGAAGUAUUGGAUUCUCUUUGGAUAAUAUCAAAAGAUUCAUCUAUUAAUGAUAGCAAUAAUGGAACUUCAAUAUCUUUAAUGGAUACAAGCUCAACUAAUAUUGAUAAUAUGAGUAAUACAAUAGCAAUGAAUGGGUUUGAUAUUAAUCUUACAGGAAAUAAUACAUUAGAUAUUGAUCAAAUUAAUAUGUUUCAUGAUGCUUCUAAAUUUAUGUUUCCUUUAUCAGAAUUAGAUUCUGAGAACAAAAUAUUAAAUGAUUCAACUUGUGAAUCUAAUCUAGGAGGAUCAAUUGGAUCUUUGUUGACAACUCAGUCAUCUACAUGUUGGACUUUAAUGGAUCAGCAAGGAUCACUAAUAGAUUCAAACUCUAAUGAUUUGAAUCUAAUUCAAUAUUGUAUUUUUAACAAGAAUAAUAAUGAAUUUACAGCGGAUGAUGAUGAUAAUAUACUUGAUUCAUUGAGUCAUGUCUUAAGUAAAUCAUGUUUAGAAGAGGAUGAUAUAAGUAAUUCACAUAAAAUUGAACAUGGAAUAAACUCAAUAUCAAAUCAAUCAUUAAUAAAUUUUAAUAAUAGCCAACUUAGUAAUCAAAGUCAACUAGGUAAUCAACAAAGUCAAAUAGGUAGUCAACAAAAUCAACUAAAUAAUCAAUUUUAUACUUUAGGAUUACGUGUAAUGACAAGGAAUGAUAUAACAAAUAAAAGUAUAGUUUCAUGUUAUCAAUUAAAUACUCAUGAUGUUAUAAAUUUAUGUUCACCUUUUGGCACAAUAAUAGGGACACAAGUUACAGAUGAUAUUGGUUAUGCAACAUAUGAUUCAUGUAAUUCACUAUAUAGAGCCUUAAAUGUAUUACAAAAUUUACCAUUGUCAUCAAAUGGAGAUUUUCUUCAUGUAUUUAUUCAUCAAGUGUCAAAUAUAUUAAUAGGUGGUCUAGAUAGAUCACAUAAUAUUGGAAAUACUCCUUGGGGUUGUGAUAUAACUCAAAAUAUUCAUUCAUCUAUGAGUGGAACAACUUCAAAUACUCCAAGUAGUAUUAGUGCUGCUUCUUCUGCUUGGUCAAAUUAUGAGAAUUCUAAUUGUAAUAAUAAUAAUGAAUCUAAUAUAUGGAAUUCUUGGAUGUUAUUAAAUAGGUUAUCUGAUGGAAAUUCUAUAUGUGGAAAUAUUUGUAUAAAUUCAGGCAUUACAAAUGAAAAUGCAACUUCAAACACUACUUCAUCAACUCCAAUAUCCCCCUCUUCAUCAUCUCAGAAUAAAAAUGUAUCUAUUUUAUUAAUUGAUCCAAAAGAAGAUUCAAAUAAUAAUGAUAAUAAUAAUAAUAAUAAUAAUAAUAAUAAUAAUAAUAAUAAUAAUAAUAAUAAUAAUAUGAAUAAUAAUAACAGUAAUAAUAAUAACAAUAAUAAUAAUAAUGCUAUUGGUUCUGAUAAUAAUUUAACAAGAUCUAUCUCUUCUAACAACUCAAAAUUCAAAUCAAAUAAUGUUUCACUUAAUUGUAUAACUUCUUCAUCUUGUAAUAAUACUCUAGAAAAUGUACCAUCUUCAGUAAUAAAGAAAUAUACAGCUAGAUAUGAGAUCCAGAUACCACCUGAUAAUCAAUUUCAAAUAGCUAGAAGAAUCAUUGGAACAAGAGGUGUAAAUAUGAAACGAAUAUUUAAAUUAACUCAAUCUAAACUCAGAUUAAGGGGAAGAGGAUCUGGAUAUCUUGAAGGAUAUAAUAAACAAGAAGCUGAUGAACCAUUACAUCUUUGUAUUUCAUCAACAAAUUAUGAGCAAUAUAUGAAUGCUAGAAAACUAGUUGAAAAACUUUUACUUAAGAUUUAUCAAGAAUAUGAUGAAUUCCUUAUUUUAGGUGGAGAGUGUAAUGGAAAUUCGAAAAAUAAUAUAGGUGUCAAACCAAUGAACCUUCAACUUAAGUUUAAGGAAACUUUAAGAACUAAGCAACAAUCAAAUAAUGAUAGAUGGAUAAAUUAG